UUGGCCAGUGCGUGAGGUCUGUUCUCUCAUUAACCGUCUCAUAUCGCUGGCCCGACGGUUGAUUGGUUGAGCCGAUCGGAGCGAUUUUUGUCCACAUCGCGUUUGACGUUUUGAGUGCCAGCACCUCCGUUGUCUUUCCGCUCGCUUCCCGAAGCGCAAUUGCCCGGCCAGGGCAGAUAUAACGAGCGGGUGCGCAUUAUUUCAAGUUUUUGCCUGAGCACCAGCGCGAUGCUCCCUGCAGCAUUUGGGGAUUGCAUACGUGCCCCCACAUCAGCUAGCCAUUACUGUAACCGCUACACCAGGAGCAGCGAUCUUGCUGGGGUUCCGUCCGCCGGCUUGGGUCUGGCGACAUUCUAAUCACUACCGUCUGCUGGAUUUCUGUGUGUAGAGCUUACAACGGAUUAUCUUUGGCGAUGCGCAUGAUUCUUCUCAAGCCAGCGUGGUUCAUCGUUUUAUUUCAAACCCUUCUGGAAGUGAAUUGUGUAACGUGCCCCGUCGAGCUGCUUGAAGGCCUGACAUGGCCUGAGUCUGACGCAGGCCGGAACAUCUCCGUGCAGUGCGCCCCUGGUCAACCAGGGGAGGCGGUGCGACAAUGCCGAACCAACAGUGCGUGGGGACCAGUUGACUACACUGGUUGCUCCCUUCAGACCCUAGUGGACCUCUAUGCAAAGACCAAGAAUGCCAGCAACGGGGUCACGUUGACCAAGGAGCUAGUCACGGUUGCUCAGCAGCUGGUCACCGUAACAGAGCCAUCAAGCAUCGCGUACUCUGGCCAGCUUCUCCAGGCCAUCGACAUUCUUCUCGAACUCUUUGCCAAGACAGACCUCGGCGGGCUCACAGUAGACUCAGCAAAUCAAUCCAUACAGAACAUAUUGAAAUCCGUCGACAAUGUGCUGAGUUCUGACAGCUUUGCAACUCUCUGGACAAAUAUUCAUCAGUUCAGAGGAGCGAAUCUGUUUCUGACAUUUUUGGAAAGCUUUGAAAACUACGGGGACGUGAUCACGUCUCACCUUGACAGCACGGGACAAGGCCCCCUGACAGUGUCACAUACCAACUACAAAUCAAUCUUCGAAGUAGUGCACGAUAGCCGAGACCUUACCCACGAAUUUAGUGACUACUCGACAAAGGUGAUCAUUCCCCGGACGGUACUUGCUCGACAAGGUCCCGAUAGAAAUACCAGUGUCGCCACCUUGGUUUUCGCCUCAACGAUUGUGAGCCUGGUUCCUUCCCAGGUGGACCCUGCAAGUAUCAACACGGAGAAUAUCAGCUCCGUUCUGGUCUCGUGCAGCAUAUUUCCCGCCUUGACAACGACGUUUACCGACAGCGUCACCAUACAGAUGCAGAACGAGCCGGAACUGCCAAAUUCCACCUGUUCGUUUCUUGCUUUCAGCGACCCAGCCAGAGUCUGGACGGAGGACUUGGUAGGAUGCGAGAAACCUGUCUUCAACGGAGACAAUACCGUGACGUGUCGCUGUACCCACCUGACAACAUUUGCCGUUAUCGGCAAGUACAACACAAGAGGAAAAUUACCGGAUCUCCUGCUGGUUGUACUGGUAAUUUACCUGGUUCUUAUAGUAACAACCUUUGGCCUUCUACUUUAUGCAAAUAGAAAAUUUGAUUCAGAUCGUGCCUCAGUAGUAUUGUGUUUCCUAGCAACACUUUUUGUUGGUCACGUGACACUCGUUGCUGGAAUCUACGCAAUAGAUAGCAUGGAUGCCUGUCGCGCCGUGGCCUUACUUCUCCAUUACUUUCAGCUGUCUUACUCCUUUUGGAUGUUGGCCCAAGCUGUGCAACUAUUGCUCAAGAUGACGUACAAGACGACAGAAUCGAGCACCGUGGCUCAGUUCAUAGCCCUGGGGUGGAUCACGCCUCUGUUUGUCGUUGCAGGCACCGCCGGCUUUAAGGUUGAAGUAUACGGCAGAGGAAACUACUGUGCACUUCCCUUGGGGUCCGGCAUUUCGUAUGCAGUUAUUGUUCCUGUAACCUUAAUAGGAGCCACAAAUUUUGUAUGUUUAUUCUACGCAUUUUACGGUUAUCACUGUCUAAAGAAAUCCGACAAGAAGUGCCUUGGCCAGAUGGGUAAAAUCUUACCCAACAUCCGUGCAUGUUUGAUCGUUCUCCCGGUUGAGAUCUGUGAGUGGCUAUUUUCGUCCUUGUCCACUGAGUUCGAGCUCGUCGUCUUUGACGUCUUCUGGUUUCUCUCCGCUCUGUCAAUGGGCAUUCUCGUCCUCAUCUUCUACGGAAUUGGUAGCUCGGAGGUUGUCGAGGAGUAUGAGAAGCAUUUCGGACCCUGCUGCUGCCUGCGGCACAAGAAGAGCUCGGCGGUGCGGGACUCGCCUCGGCCGGGCUGGCGGGACGAGAUCAGCCAGAUCAGCCAGUACCGGGAGGCCAGCUCCAUCCUGCGGGACAUGGACAGCACGGCCACGGUGACCGGUACCAACGGCACCAACGCCAUGCCCGGCUGCAGCGGCAUCAACAACGGUGGGCUAGAGAUGGAUGACGUGCUGGAGCGUGGCCACGAGCUGAACGACGUCUCGGGCGCCAACAACCUGAGCGCCAGUCUGUCAUCCUCUUUCAAAUUAAAGACCAAGUUCAAGGUGUUCCCGUCCCGCAAGAACCACCACCAGCAGCAGGAGGGCAACCUGUCCCCGUCAUCGGCCGCCAGGUCCGGCCAGCAGGACCAGCGCAGAUGACAACCAUCCGACACCUCGUCCUCGCCGCACUGCUCCCACUCUGGCGAGGCCUCGGAGUCCGGGUCCCGGACGUCGCCGGCGAAGCGGCCCGGGGCGCGGACGGUGUCCUUCCAACUGCAGCCGAUCGUCAUCCAGGAAAAGGAGAACGUCAGGACCGAGGUGUCAGUGUACGCAAAUCUAUAGACCACCCAUCGUGUUUUUUUCUUUCGCCGGGGGGAAGGGACGAGAGGGCAGCAUUGCUUCCACGACGAUACCGCCCCUUGCUCUCAAACCUUGCCCGGCUUUCAGUUAACACCAUUAACGGCCCAAAUUCACCAAGUUGCUGCUUAGCUAGUCCGUCUGACGACCAGUCGUCGACUUCUGGUCGAUUUUCACUGGUAAACUGUGCACAAAAGACAUCCCGUGGAUCUUGUACCGUGGUGCCGGGAACCGGUCACGGGAAAUGUGGGCUGUGAAACAAUUUGACUAUCCGAAUUUACUUGGCUACGGCUUGAAAUGGCACACGGGUCUAUGUGUGGGACAGAGGCCGCAUUCAUAAACUCCUGUGUAAUUUCAAGCCUUCUAGUGAUUCAGACCGUGUCACAUUUCCCACGACGAGCUGGGAAAUUGCAGAGUGUUUUGAGCCAGACUAGUAUUCAAACAGCGCAUGCCCGAAAUAAAGCGCAAUCGAGGUCAAUCGGAGGUGCGUGCUAGGUCUGUCCAAUCAGCGCAGUCCUUCCCAACCUUGCGCGCGUGCUUUAUUCCGGAAUGAUCUUGCUUGUUCUAAAAUACUGCACAGGCUCAUUAGAAACUAAAACUUCCCCAGUUCAACAUUCCUCUUCUAAAAACCUGUCCUUGCGUGUUUUUACUGUUUUGCUCACCUCGUUUGCGGUAAUCAGUUAUAACUUGUUGACUGAAAUUCCAAUGUUAAAAUCACAAAGAAUUCGAUCCAGAGAGAACACAACCGGAAUGCGUUCUUCAUUACGCCGCUAAGUAUUCCAAUUUCGGAUCAGCGUUAGAAUGCCUUGCAAGAAAUCAACACCAUGAAAGUUCUAGAACUUUCCCGCGGAUCAAACUGUUAUAGUUCAAUUAAUUUACAGUUCAAAUUAUAAAAGAUUGUUGAUUGUGAACAUCCAACACUGCAUCUAAAUUCUUUAAGUCUACUGUCGAAAUUGACGGAUACCACCCAAAACAAGUGGCCACCGGUGACCCCUCAUUUUAGCAAGUAAUGCUGGAAUUACAGGUGAGUCAUUCCAUGAGGUUAGGGCACAUUUUGUGAGGGUGUCAAUUGUUACAUGGGUUCCGUAAAAAUGAACCGUUAUUUCCCUGCUGUGGAUUCCAAAUUGACAUUGUUAUACCUCUUGCAAGGCUGGAUACAGAGGUGUGUUAGUUUUACAGAGUAAAUGACCUACUCUAAAGGUCAUGACAGGUGGUAGAAGUUUUGGAUGUAACACGGACACCGUCACAAAUUAUGCCCCAACCUCAUGGAAUGACCCAGGCACAAAUUAUGAGGCCAGUUCCUGUUAACAAAUGCCUUCUUUGGACAUUUUUCAUAAAAAAUACAGGUCUUUAUAAUUUCUUUCCAGAUUUAAAACAUCCGCUGGGGUACCUAUUCUACAUUAUCAAACUAUAAUCAUUCAUAAUCACUGACGACAUGCAUGAAUGUAAUGUCCAACGAAUGUUUUCGUACCUUUGAAAAUGAUUUUGAACUUGAGUUCCAAGACUACGCAAAAAUUACUGUAAGGAAUGAAGCUUGUACAUAUUGCACAGUUUGAUUGAAAGGGGAAAAAACUAUUUUUGUAUGAAUUUCUGUGAAUCCUUUGAUGAUGUGGAUCAAUUUCAGCAGAGUUUCUGACAAUACCUUUUCUUUAACAAAAUAAAAAAAAUCACUUGUUCUCGUACUUCACACGCAUACUUUCAUCAAGAAGCACAGAGGUCAUCCGUUACAGAAUGCUGUCAAUUUCAAACACCUUAGUGGCUGAAAAGUGCAAAUCUGUGCCACACAGCAUAUACUGCGUCAACCGUUGCAAGUGCAGCUUGUCGUCAAGUACAUUGUCAACGUAAAGUCAUGAACCUGUUUUCUUCUGUAUCACCUUGUGCCCAUUAUGACCUUUAACACAGGAGCUCGUGCAAGUGCACACGUUUGAGACCCGGGUGGGUGCUCUAAUGUGGGUGAAUAUAGGCUCCCAGUCUAAGUUUGAUGGCAACCUUUAAACCUGGAAUGUGUAUACAGGCAAACCAUCAAGCUUGGUAAAUCGGCCAAUCUGAAAGGCCUGUCACUCGGAAGGGAUUCUGGUGACUUCUGGCUCAUGCCGGCAAGUUUUGCGUCACAACUGUCGACAUAAUUCCGCUUUGUUACGCAGGUUCCACGAUGCGCGAACAAAAUGUAGCUACUAGACAGUUUCGGCAUCCAGGAUAAUUUUGUUCGUGUCCGUACAAGAAUGCACAUGACACAGCACGUACACGGGGACGUAUAAGGUUUGAAAAAUCUAGUUUCGGCAUGACUCGCGCGUCGGUACGCGAUGAUGCACACAGAAACGUAGCAAAAUAGGUGGUGCCGAUUUCUUCAAAAACUAACUUUAUUCACCCCAAAUUUAACUCCAAGACAUUGCUAUCCUAACAAACGAUACAUCAAGUGUCGCGAAAGUAAGAAUUUUUUUGUUUUUAGGAAUACAAUUUAAUACUAAUAAUGUGGUGUGCAAAACCAAAACUUCAUACGUACCGAUUCUGUACCAAGUUGCUUCCAUACGUUGCCGUCUGUGGAACUUCUCCGCAUUACAUAUAACAGAACAGCCUACAGUGAUGACUUCAUCAGCGAAAAGAGAUACCGUUACGUGACAAGCGAGCGGAUUUUUUCUUGCCAAGACUGUCUAUUAUUAGCAGUGAAAUUAACGUACGUAUAAACUUCACAAAGAAACUUUUAGUUUUACUGAUAGAUCUGGUGUCUUUCUAUUUAUGUACGCAUUUGAGAGCAACUCCCCGUCUGGCUUUCUCAACCAUCUUGCUGUUCCUAAUAAUCUUAUAGAGCAAGGUACACCACAGCAAUUGCUGCACAGUGUGCGCAUGACCUGUGCGUGUUUAAAAAGCAGUCUGUGAGAGCAUAAAGCAAAGAAUCCAAUACGACGGGAGAACUCUCGUCGCUGAGCUUAUGAAGAUGAUUUCGGGACUAAAUACAGUAAUUUCUUGACUCAUGGAUGCAUUUCCUUGUGAUGGUACAGUUCUGGCAAAAAGUGGAAUAAACACAGUACCCGACUAUUUUGCCUGUAAAACCUUCUUCAUGUAGACAAUUCAAACAUGGCGGCAGAAAAUUUAAAAAGGUUUUCAAAAUGUUAUGUUUCACAAAUUCAUUUCCUCUUGCUUGAACAUUACAGUGAUUCCUGACACUUUUCCAAAGAUUCUUAUGUACGCACAUUACCGUUUCUAGUUCCUACCAAGUUAAAAUCUUUACAGAAGUUUACCGUACAGCCAAACAUUUGACUAUAAUCAAAAAGUUUUUUCCACUAUAAUCGGACUUUUCCACCAUUUUAUAUCGAUUCUCAGUGACUGAAAGUGAAAAUGUAUCUAUACUGAUGUUCGAGCAAUAAUUGUACAGAAGAGACAGUAAAAGUAAUUGUAACAUUAGAAACCAUCCAAUCUAGUUGCUAGAGUUUAAUGAAGGCGCGGUUAAGUAACACCUCGUACACGAACAAACCAGAUUUGGAACAGAAUUAGACGUUUAGUACUGGAUAAGUUAAAUUUCCAACAAUAAUCUCUUCCAGUCCGGUAAAAAAAAAUUAAGCAUUCUCAAGUUUGACGUGUAUCUCAAAGUUUUUAAAACAUGUUUUUACUUGGGCAAGGGUUCAAUGAAUCAGUACAGAGAGCAUUCCAGCGGAAGUGGCGCCAUCUUCGCAAAGGUUUCCUAUUUCCUAUUGCACAUUAUUGGUCAUUUGCGUGUCCUUCAAAUAUGUUUAUUCACCUUUUUUAUGAUGCAUUCGAGUGGAAAGUUUCCUGUUAAUUUUAUAAAUUCCCAAGCUUUCGCUGUACAUGCCUGAAAACGUCUGAUUUGUUUUUUCGGGUAAAAAAAUCCGAAAAGCCCCCAAAAUCUGUUUAUAUGUAAACAUGCACUAGUUUUGUCGGUUGGUCAUACAGCGGGCACCUUUUGGUAAUGUUGAUUUGCACAGGUAAGUUUUACGAGUACAUACAAAGUGCCUGUUUAACGAUACUUGGGACGUUAAUUCUAGAGUUAGUUGUAUUGAUUUUAACUUCGACUUGAAAAGAAUUGUUACUGAAUCUGUGUAAUGUAAAAUGCGGUGCAAUAGUUCUACGUAUACACAUUUCAAAUCUUUCACGAACCAUUGUUUUCGCUUAUGAAGGAAAAAAGACAGAAAAAAGGAAAAUAAAAUCUGGUUCUACAUCUACUGGUCCUUGCAAAAAAAGUAUUCUUAAUCGAAAUAAUAAGAAAACAUUCUGACAAGAUAUAUAUAUAUAUAGGCCUACAGGCUUUUCAAUAUUACUUGAAGUCUUUAAAACAGAUUUAUUUAUCAUUCAUGUAUUGUAAUCUGAAAUCCAUUAUUAGUAUUAAUCAUGUACAGGCAUCGGUAUACUAGCUUCAAGCUACAGUUAGAAUAUUUAAAAAGUGUACGGAAAGCCAAUACUUUCUGAGGAUGUAAAAACAACUGUCAAAACCUCUGUCUUGAAUAAUAUACAUGUAUUUUCACUGUGGACGUAAACGAUCAUGUGACCGGGUGAUAAAAACGCAUAUCGCCCUCACCGUAACGUAUUACGCAUCAUGGUAACACAGAUCAGUUCCUGACCAAGUCCAAACCACGAGCCAAACUAUGCACAUGUAUCUGUGCUACCUUCGCCUAAAAUUGAAAAGAGUAAACUUUAGUGCGAGAAGCAAACAGGCAUAUGAGAUAGUCGGCUCUUGUGAGCAGUUCAAUUUCAUCUGAAAUUCUUUCCUUCAUGUCUAUUCCUAAACAUAGGCCGAGUUCGGGCGGCUUGUUCUCGUAUGUUCACGAACAGCUCGGUUUGUUGUUCUUGGGUCGGCCGCUCGAAC